GGUGUUGACACACAUAAAGUGGGACGUUCCUCAAUUGAAUUGAUGUCACAGUAUUUCAUUUAAAUAUUUUUACAUUUCGUUUCUGACAUGAAGACAGACCGACAUGGACUCCCAUAUAUCCUCCAAGCGCAACCAUGCCAGUCCUUAAGAACCUCCCGUCUCGGCUGAAGGGAGGCAGAUUUAGUGUGGAUUUGGAGACUACACGUAGUGAGUUCAUUCUCAGAAAAAUGAGUCUUAACCACAAUCCAUUUGAGGAGCCUGGUUCAGAUGAGGACUGGCCAAGAAGCAAUGGAGGCUCACUUCUUGAUGGGCGUGUGCCGCGGGACAGAAACCCGUUUGAGGAUGAGGAAGACGAAAAUGAGGCUAAUGAGGUGCGACGUGGAGGCUCAGGGAAGGGAAGCUCCAUCAAAGGCACGCUGGAGCGCAUGAAGGGGGUCUCCCCCCUCAAGACCCUGGGCAAGCUGGGCAAGAACUUGCGCAUGUCUGCCAGGAGCAAGGGCAGGGAAACUCCCUCCCCACAGGGCUCUAUAGGUUCAGCCUCACCCCUGGGGAUGAAGAAGAAGGGCAGACGGAGUUCAGAAGGGAGCUUGCUACGAAUGGCAGGGAAGUGUAAAGAUCGCAAGGAGAGCUUGACCAAUGGUGACCUAUGCUCAGAAGCUGAUUCUGACUCCACCAGUCGUCGACUCUCCUUCCUGAAGAUGGUGGGCAAGGGCAAGAUGAAGAGGGAGUCCAUGCAGGACCACUCAUCCCAGGGCCCCGAGGAAGAGCCAGUUGAGGAGGUGCCCGAGGUCAAACCCAGGGAGCCACUAUCAGUAUUGGAGAUCCUGCAGUUGGUGACAAAAAGAGAUUUGUUUUUGGCUGACACUCACAUUCUGGAGCUGGAGCAGGAGUGUAGGGAGGCCGAAUCUCCUACGGCAGGGGGCACUGAGGAUUUCACCAGCCCCAGCAGCAAAGACAGCAGUCGGCGCAAAGCCAAAGAUGUUGAGCUGCUGUACGAGGCCCUGCAGAAAGAGUUGUGGGACGUGGUAAGGGACUCUCUGCGUUGCCCCACCGCCGGACCCAACCUGGGCCUGGUGGUCCAGGUGCUUCAGCAGGAGGAGCAAGCCGAUCGGGACUGGGCUCAGAGCGAACGAGCCGCUCCAGGAGGCCCACGGCCGAGGGAGUUCAAGAAACGCUGGAGGGAGGCGGUGGUUCAGUUAGCUGAUGCAAACUUACCCCAGCAUGAAGAAGCACAGGCAGGCGAGCUAGCCGCUUAUCUAGAUAAGCUUAGAGUCCGCAUGGUGGAGGACCUUGGGGCGGCUCGCCGUAAUGUGACGUCUGUAUAUCCGGUGGAAUAUGACUCUUUCCAAGUGUACACACACAGCUACCACCAGGCUGUUACCCGUCGUCUACAGGCGAUCACCAAUGGAGAUCUGCAGAUCAUUGACAUAUACUCUAUGCUAGACUGGCUCUACAACAUUUACAAUAGAGAUGUCCUUGGAACAGUCACCAUAACAACACCCAUUAACCUCUCGCAGCUCGGCCCACUGCUGCCGACAGAGACGGUGGAAAAAUUGGAGCUCGACUGCCUCAACUCAGUCAGGGGGAAAGUGACCAAUGAGCUGUCUCAGGUUCUGGAGGAGGAGGAAAAGAAAUGGCUGGACACCCUGAACAUCGAAGAGUAUCAGAUACCUCUGGCUCGCACUGUUAUUCAGAGGCUACAGGAGGACCUUGAGAGAUCUGCAGCCGUAAACAGACAUUUGGGCUCACGGGUUGCUCAAUGCAGUCUCAACGGACUGGCAGAUUUCCUGUACAGUUUUCAGAGAAAGGUGGAGAUGUUCCAUGAGAUGCUAGUGAACAGCUUUGGAGAAAAUGAAGACGGUUAUAUCGCUAAAACCAUCGCUCUUGUCAACUGCAGUCCACCGUUUAGGAGCUUUGUGGAGCGUUGCAGCCAGUGUGACCCCUCAACCAGCGAGGACUCGAUUCGUAGAGCUAACACCGCACUGGACAGGAUAGUCAACUUGACUGUGAGAGUGCUGAACGACAGACUUUUUGAGCAUAUCAGGCCCUUCUUUGAUAAACUGAUUAAACGGAAAUGGUUGAGCAACACUGAGCCUUUUGAGCAAAUUGGGGCACUUAUAAAAGAACACUUCAAGAAGUUUCGCAGGAUGGACAAUCCACCUUACGAGGUCCUGGUGGGGGAGGUUCACCGGCGCGUGAUGACUGAAUACGUGCGGGCCAUCAUGAGGGGCAGAAUCAUCUGCACAUCACUUAAAAUGAGGAAGAGAAUGGCUGGCCGCCUUCGUGAUGAAGGAAAGCACCUAAAAGCUCUCUUCAAAGAACUGGAAUCGUCCGCCUCAUGGCUCGACAGUGCUAUUCCUCACUUAUCGGAGAUCAUCCUCUUGGAGGACACUCCCUCCAUCCAAAUGGAAGUUGGCAUGCUGGUACGGGAAUUCCCUGACAUACGGAGGAAGCAUGUCUCUGCCAUACUCAAUAUCCGUGGGAUGACCCGACAAACAGAGAGGCAGGAGAUCUUGAAUAUAGUGAAAGACAUUGAGAACAGCGACAGCGUCAUGCGGGUGUCCCGUGACAGGGCUCUCUUCGCUGAGGUGCCAGUGACGUCAGAAGUACACUGUCUAAAUGUGGGCCUGAGUCGCGUCGCCCUCACUGCCUCGUCCCUCUUCUCCAGCAUGCGGUUCCGGCGCAGAAGGACUACGGCUAGGGAAAACCAGGAUGACAUGCUGUAAUCCAUCUGAAAUAGAUGCUCAAGUCGCCCCUCACACAGCACUGGAACAAUGCCGACAGCACAGCAUUUGUUUCUAAAAUGUUUGCAUGUGCCAUUGUCAUGACAUAAGGAGCUAAGUAGAGGCAUCUUGCCCAAAUGACACUACAGUUGGAGUCAGUCCCUACAACUGUUUUUGCACAACUAGCAUUACAAAGGCUUGUGUGAAAUGCAGUGGCACCAUAAUAUUGUGGCACUUUAGCUACACUUAAAAAUGUCUUUGCUUUAUAUAACAAAAUAUCAAAUCAAGUGGAAUUUAUUAUUUAAAAAAAGAUUAUGACAGCGCACGUUUCAAGCAGACAUUUCACAAACGAAGGUUUAAAUGAUCCAUAUUAGACAAACUGUUCAAAAUUACAACGAAUCGUAUGACAAAUCGAACAUGUUCGCAUAGAACUUCAGAAAGUUAUUGCAUAAAUGUCAAGAAAAGUGUUCAUGGUAAAAGUCUAGCAUUUUUUCAUUUCUAAUACAAUGAAAUGUAUACAUUUUGUGUAUCUGAAAAUGUCCAUACUUUUUGGGUCCACUGUAUAUUUUUUUUCUUGAAUUGAUAUAUUUGAAUAUAUAGUGCAACAUCUCUAAAAAUAGCUUUUAGAAUUGUAAAUUGCAGGGGUCACAAGAGUGUUUAUUGUAAAAAAAAAAAUCGUAACUACUGAUGAAAACACUGCUUGGUUUUGGGAUUUACUAUGUUUUCUUAAUCAUACCAUUUAUCAUUUUGACUUUUGUGAUUGUAAUUGAUAGGGAUGAAAUUGUAUUUUCAUUGUAGUUGCACAUGACCGAUGACUGAUUUUAAGGUACUAUGCAUUUGCAGUUAUCUUUAAUCUUUCAAUUAUUUUUUAUCAUAUUUAAGUGGAUAAUUUAGUGAUCCAAUCGUCUGUUAUCUUGUCAUGAAAGAUAACUAUAUUUUGGUAUUUUGUUUAAGAUUAUUCAAAUUUACCUGUGAAAGAAAUCAAGAGGGACUAUUUAUGUAUUGCACGAUUUAUUUAUUGCACCAGUAAUUUCAUUGCGCUAUAAUCAAUACUGAAAAUAUAAAAAACAACCAACCCAAACACACUUUAAAGAAAAUGUGGGCAAAAUAAUUCGUUUUGGGUUUGUUUACCUAAAAAAAACUGAUGGAUAGAACUAUUCAAAUAAUGUUUAUGGAGUCUACAUUUACCAGUUUCAGUUUGUUUUCCAAAUAUAUAAUUUUUUCAUCCAACUUGUCUUUUUAGCAAUUGUUUGAUGAGUCUGUAUAUGUUGUUGUGUGAACACCAUGGAAAAGAGAUACAUUUCAGUUAAUUUUAGGGUACUCUGCAUGUUGCUACAUAUGAAAGACUUUUAAACUGAUAUUUUGGUUAUAGGAAGAACGUUUAUUUUACAGUGUACAUAUAUUAAAUCACAUAUAAUAAAUGAUGGAGGAUCAGA